CGCAGCGGCGGCGCUCAGAAAAUGCCCCCACCGCUUGCGGGCGAAUUCGACUCGCAAUGCAGCACCUGAAAGAACGCGUCAAGCGACUCUACUCCAAGCCAAGCGGCGCCGGGAACAACCAAAGCCGACCCGGCGGCAACAACAACGACGAGCCAGACACUCCUCGACGCGUGGUCUUUGUGAACAACGCUGAACGCACAUCCACACUCGCGAAAACAGACAAGCACCCGCUGCCCGACAACCGCAUUCGCACCACAAAGUAUACGUGGUGGAACUUUCUCCCCAAAAAUCUGUUUGAGCAGUUUCAUCGGUUUGCCAACAUUUACUUUUUGGUGGUCGUCGUUCUCAACUGGAUCCCCGCGAUUGGAGCAUUCGGACGCGAGCUGGCCAUGAUCCCUCUGCUGUUUGUACUUGCAGUCACUGCGAUCAAGGACAUUUACGAAGACCGACGGCGGUAUCGCUCCGACACGGAUGUGAACAACCGGCUGCAACACGGCCUUGUCGUCGCCCACGGGCAUCAACCCAGCGGUGAUGGCGGUGGUGGCAGUGAGCACGACGAGGAACAAGAGCAUUUUCGCCGAUUGAGACCUCACCUGCAUCUCAACCUCCACCUGACUGGACAUCACCACUCGGCGAGCGACGAAGCCAACGCAUCCUCCGACCGCAAACUCGUCUCGGAAGUGGUCAUUUCCACGGCGUGGAAGCUGCUCAAAGUUGGGCAUAUCGUGCUUCUCCGCAAGGACGAAAUCAUUCCGGCAGACAUGGUUGUGCUGCAGACAUCCGAAAACCACGGGAUGUGCUUCAUCGAAACGGCUAAUCUGGACGGUGAAACGAAUCUGAAACAGCGCAUGGCGGUGGAUGAAACUCAAGAGCACUUCAAGUCCUUCCCCGGCUCAGAGCUGCUGUCCGCAGCGGCUGGCUCUUUGCAAGGGCCGUCCGUAGGCAACACGAGCGACGCUCCGCAAAGUCGCAGACAACAACAAAACCAGCAAGCACCACCGAAUCUUUCGCCAACCAGCUCGACCGCGCUUCAGCCCAAUGUCAUCCCUAACUAUGCUGCCACACAACAACAACAGCAGCAGCAACAACAACAACCACAACGAAACGUGCAAAACGUUCAAAAUGUUGAUGCCAUCGUCGACCGGUGCAAGAAGGACAUUGCCGAUUUCCAAGGCACAAUCGUCUGCGAACUACCACACGCCAACAUUUACGAGUUUGACGGCUUUUUGGUGCUUGGCGGCGAGCACAUUCCCACCGACAAGGAGCUUCAGGAACAGUUGCACCGGCAAAUGCGUGAGGCCGAGCAGAAUCUCGAGGAGGAGCGUCAACGCAUGUCAGCACGGUCGACUGCGCGCCAUGAGCGACACGCUGCCAAACACCAGCGACCGCAACAGCGGAGGCACGACGAUGAUUCGACCUACUCGAUGCGCUCUACUGCGCACCUCACCACCGUCACUGAAGAUGAGGGUUUGGGAAGCGAACUAUCCGAGUCGAACAGCUCUCAAAGCAAUUCGACUGAUGAUGAUGACGAUAACGACGACGACGACGACGACCUGCCACAGUUUCACUCGCUUCCAUAUCGAUCUUCUAUUGGCAGACGCACGAGCCGCACUCCAUCCCGAGCCCCUCCUUCUGCUGAAGGUAGCCGUUCAAGGCCAUCUGCCACAGACGCUCAAGGCCAGUCAAUCAUUCCCAUCAACUCGGCCAAUCUGAUUCUCCGUGGGUGCGUUCUCCGGAACACGCAAUGGGUGCUUGGCGUUAUUGUCUAUGCCGGGCCCGACACAAAAGCCAUGCUCAACAACAGCGGGCCUCGCUCGAAGCGCUCAAAGCUGGAGCGCAGCAUGAACCUUGAGAUUCUUGUUUGCAUCGGGCUGCUCCUUUUCAUGUCGCUGCUUUCUGCCAUCCUCAGUGGCGUCUGGCUCGCCGACCACAAUCCCAGCAGCAUUUACAUUUACUUUGACUCGAGCGAUCCGUCGCCGGCGCUGUUUGGGUUUCUGACCUUCUGGACCCAAAUUAUCGUGCUGCAGGUUAUCAUUCCCAUAUCCUUGUACAUUACUAUCGAGCUUGUCAAGUUGGCGCAAGCGUACUUGAUUAGCUGCGACCUGGAGCUGUACCACCCUGAAACAGACCGCCGAACCAUGUGCCGUGCGCUCAACAUCAACGAGGAUUUGGGCCAGAUUGAGUACCUGUUUUGCGACAAGACCGGCACGCUGACGCAAAACCAGAUGGUGUUUCGGAAAUGUUCGGUGAACGGGACCAACUACUCUGGGCACGCCGAGCCGCACACGCUGCCUCAUGCGUUUUCGUUUGGAGAUGGCUCGCCAAGUCAAGGCAGGGGCAAGCAGCCAAUGGCUUCUCCGGACAGCGACCAUGCAACAGCGGCAGCAUCGCAGCGUCCCACGCCACCGCCCUUCAGCAUGGACGAAUCUGCCGAGUCCAUCGAGCCCGACCACGCCAACGCGACAAGCAACGCGGACGCAAUGACUGUCGAUCCCGUACUCGUCAAAGCCGCCGCUGAGGCCACAGAAGACGAUCCCAUGGAAAACUUUUUCAUUGCACUGGCCGUUUGCAACACGGUCGUGCCGGGAUCCCCUCGCGCGCCAUCCAGCAGUCGCCCCCAAGAGCAAGAGUCGCGCGGUAAGCGUGCUUGGAAGCAGCGCAUGAAAGACCUCAAGGCCAAGCGCCGGGCUCGACGCCAGGCCAAGCUGCAUGCACGCAAAAUGACCAGAAAAUCUGCCAACAAGCAUGCACAGCAGGGCAAGGACGAGCAGGAGGCGACAGUUUCGGAGGAAGUGGAAUCGUCGGGCUCUGAGGCACCGUUGCAUCGCAGCGCUCCACCAAGUCGUGGAAAGAGCAUGCUGCAACAGUUGCUCAAACGAAGCAAGCAAAGCCAGACAGCUCCACCUGAGACAGCCAUUCCUCGCGAGUCUCAGGAUGUCCUCCUUGAGGAGCCAUCGAGUCUCGAAGCAAGUCAGGAGAAUCUGAGGCGUGGAACCGAGCCAGUCCAGCGCACCAGUGCAAGCGCGUUGCCUCCACAUCUCUCCGUUUCGGGCCGCCAGAUGGCCAUCUCUCCGAGCGCAAAUGUGAGCAUCGAUCUCAGCCCGAGCGUGGACGAGCCGACCCGCACAUCGACACUGCGACCGUCGAAUUCUGCCACAUCUGCGGCAACAUCCACUGCCGCAACAACAGUACGACAGUCUCAGUCGCCCGCCGCCGUCCCAAGCGCAGACCAAGUCGCCGAGAUUGUCUACGAAGCCGAAUCGCCCGACGAGGCUGCACUUGUUCAAGCAGCUCGGCAGUACGGAUACACGCUUUUCAUGCGGUCGGCGCAGCGUGUGCGCGUGCUGAUUCACGACGAUCGAGCCGUGGAACUGCGACUGCUGCAUGUCCUUCCGUUCGACUCUGACCGCAAGCGCAUGUCUGUGAUUGUGCAGUUGCCGCGCUCGGGCCAGAUCCGGCUGCUUUCCAAAGGCGCCGACUCGGCCAUCUACGAGAGGCUGGCUCAGAAUGAACAGAACGACCGCGUCCGAGCCGACACACAGACGCACUUGGAUUACUACGCGGCGGACGGACUGCGCACGUUGUGUUUGGCAUAUCGCGACUUGAGCGACAGCGAGUACCAGACGUGGCAGCUCAAGCAUCGACAAGCCUCACUCGCGCUCAAAGACCGCAAGGAGAAGGUGUCUGCCUCUGCGGACUCGAUCGAAAACGAGCUGACGCUGCUUGGCGCCACUGGCAUCGAAGACAAGCUGCAGAACGGCGUACCAGACGCCAUAGCAACGCUGCGAGCUGCUGGAAUCAAGGUCUGGGUGCUGACGGGCGACAAGCAAGAGACCGCCAUCAAUAUCGGCUUUUCGUGCAAGCUGCUAGAGGAAGGCAUGCCACAUGUCGUCAUCAAUGCGGCGGAUGAAGAUGAAUGCGAAGCCCAGCUCAAGGACGCAUGGGAGUGCAAGCUUCGCACUGCUCGCCGCGUGCAGGAGGAGCAAGACCUGCUGCUUCAUUUGCCCUGGCACCAAAAGUACGGCCGCAAGUCGAGCGAAAUCAUGGCAGCUUUCAACGGGUUUGCCAAGCAGUGGCGAGAUCGAUUUUCGGACGGCGAGGAAGAGCUUUCAGUCGACACGACAAGCGUCAGCCUCAGCGGCAGCAGAAGCGCGCAACGAGCUACCAGUCCGGAACAAAGUCCAUCAUCGGCACCAGCAGCGCCAAGUCACUCGAGCAACAACGAUGCUUCCAGCGACGAGGAUGCAACGGAAGUGACUUCAUCAACCCAACACGCGCUCAUCAUCGAUGGCGCUUCGUUGGCGUUCGCACUCGGCGAUAAACUUCGCCCAUUGCUGCUCAACGUCUCCACGCUCUGCCGUGUCGUCAUUUGCUGCCGAGCCACUCCUCUGCAGAAGGCGCGAGUUGUCCGCAUGGUCAAGAAAGGCCGCGGCGCAAUGACCAUGGCAGUGGGAGAUGGCGCAAACGACGUGAGCAUGAUUCAGACUGCCGACGUCGGGAUUGGGAUUAGCGGCCAGGAGGGCAUGCAGGCGGUCAUGGCGAGUGACUUUGCGAUCGCGCAGUUCCGCUUCCUAGUGCGUUUGCUGCUCGUCCACGGCCACUGGAGCUACUAUCGCCUGGCGUCCCUGAUUUUCUACUUCUUGUACAAGAACGCAACCUUUGUGUUUGUCAUUUUCCUCUUCCAGUUUUGGUGUGGCUUUACGGGCGCGCCCAUCAUUGACCAGUAUACGAUUCUGUUCUACAACCUGCUGUUUACAUCCGUGCCUCCGCUGGUCAACGCCGUUUUGGACCAAAAUGCGCCGGCCGAGGCCUUGAUGCGUUUCCCAGAGCUCUACCAAUUUUCGAUGCAGAGUCUGUACUUUAGCACACGCAAGUUUUGGGUCGUGCUCGUCAACAGCCUGUACCAGGCGUGCGUCAUUUUCUUCUUUUCUGUGGCGGCGUACCAGCAAACCAAGCUCGCCGACUACCAGUCUCUCGGCAUGAUUCUCAGCUCGUGCUGUGUCGUGAUUGUGCUCUUGUACCUGGGUCUGGAAACGCGUCGAUGGACAGUGUACCACCAUAUCGCGCUCUGGGCGAGCAUUGCCGUGUACUUUGUCUUUGAGCUGCUCCUGGGUCUCAUUGCAGGAAUCCAGCAGUCGACCUACUUUGUGAUGGAGAACGCAAUGACAACGGGCGUGUUUUGGUUUACCCUGCUGCUCUGUAGCGUGACUGCGUUGCUCCCAUCGUACCUGGCCAAGUACAUCCGGCACUACUAUCUUCCAUUGCCCACAGGUUUGGUUCGCGAGGCCGACGUUCAGUCCAAGCGUGAUCGUGUUCACGAGCAAUCGUUUGCUUGAUUUGUCAGAGUUGUUGGCUUUUUGUGUUGUUGUUGUUGUUUUUUGGGAUUUUGUUCAUGUUCUUGCACUGUGAUUCGUGAUUUGGUUUAUCAAAAGAGUGAUACAUUGCUUUCAAGUCGGGUCGAGAAAAAAAGGCCAUAAAGUUCA